CUCAUGUCCGAACACGGCGUGGGGCCAUCCGCCUUGAUUACGCUCUCGGCGGGUUACCCUGGUCGACCCACUUUUUCUACCUACCUCCGCUCUGCUCCGCUCCGCUCGCUCAGCCCCUUUCACUGAAGGGAUCGCGCAGGAACAGAGAUCGAGCGACGCUGCGAGGUCUGUUAAUUGGCAGCGGCGCUGCGAGGAGGUGGGCGGUCUGAAUUGCCUUCCUUCCUCGAGGUAGGGAUAUUCGCGGAUGGAGUCCGGAGAAGGCGGCGCUUCCUCCUCUGCGCCGGCCGGAGACGAGGAUCCUCUGCCUCCGCCGCAAGCACCACCGCCGCCGCAGCAGCAGCUGAGUCGGUACGAGUCGCAGAAGCGGCGGGACUGGAACACGUUCCUGCAGUACCUGAGGAACCACAAGCCGCCGCUGACGCUGGCGCGGUGCAGCGGCGCGCACGUGAUCGAGUUCCUCAAGUACCUGGACCAGUUCGGGAAGACGAAGGUGCACGAGGCGGGGUGCGACUUCUUCGGCCAGCCCAACCCGCCGGCCUCCUGCGCCUGCCCCCUCCGCCAGGCCUGGGGCUCCCUCGACGCGCUCAUCGGCCGCCUCCGCGCCGCCUACGAGGAGAACGGAGGCCGCCAGGAGUCCAACCCCUUCGCCGCCCGCGCCGUCCGCAUCUACCUCCGCGAGGUCCGCGAGAGCCAGGCCAAGGCGCGCGGCAUCCCCCACGAGAAGAAAAAGCGCAAGCGCACCUCCGCCACCGCCGCCGCAGCCGCCGCCACUACUGCCCCCGCCGCAGGCGAGUCCUCCUCUUCCGCCCCGCCCCCACCCGCCUCCUCCUCCUCUCCGGCGCCGGAUCCGCCCUGCGGCGGUUCGUCGUCGCCGGUCUCAUAACACCAUCAGCAAUCAUUCCUGUUUUCCAUUCAUCAUAUAUAUAUUAUAUAUAUAUAUAUAAUAUUAUAUUAUUUAUGCUCCACAAAAUUCUGCCAUUAUUACAAACUAACGAUCGAUCGAGCUCAACAAUCACUGCAUGAUCCUCAGUCUCUCCUGGCUCCUCCCUCAACUCCGAGGAGAAAAAAAAAAAAAAAAAAAGAAGAUCUAAAUUUGGUGGUGCAGCUGCAAGAACUGACAUGAGAUUCCCGUCGCCUCACUGUUCAUAUAAUGCUCUAAUGGCAGACAUUUUAAGUGGCAACGAGAGAUGAUCAUAUAUCCUCGCGCACAAGUAGAAUAUAUAUAUCACAUAUAUAUUACUGGUCCCCUGUUCUAGACGUAGAAGAAUCUCAAGCUUGUUUUUUUGCCCGCACGAGUGGCCACUGCAAGUUUAACUCGAGUCUCUCUCCUCUUCAUGAUCUUGUACUGUUUCACCCAUGAUAGAUCGCCCCCAAAUCUACAAGCUUUGGGGCCAUCUUUACUACUGCACAGUUUGAGUUAGAUUCUUGAGCCGAUCUUACUUACUUGAU